AAUAAACAGGAAAAGACGGAAGCCGAAUUGGAUCAGAACAACGCUUUGAGAAAUGGCGGCUGCUGAAGAAGACCCUAACCGUAUACAAACUUCCAGUGAUUCAGAUGCUCCGAAACUGUCAGAUUUGCUGGACCGGGGCUGGAAGCUGUAUGAAGAAGUGAACAGCACGAAUGAGCCGGGCAAUUCAAACGCGGUGCAGGUGAAAGUGAAGCGGGGCAUCAUGCAGCUGGAGGAGGCGACCAGGAUGGUCAGUCAGCUGGGCCUGUUCAGUCGUAAUGAGGCUCUGGAGGAAAUCAGCACCACUGAUCUGAAGUACCUGCUGUUGCCGGCUUUACUUGGAGCUCUCACCAUGAAACAGGUGUACAACAGCAAGCGUCUGGAGCACGUGCAGUCGGCUCGCGCCUACUUCAUGGACUUCCUGCAGCGAUGUCGGAACUAUGAUGUGUGCAGUUUUCAGCUGCCUAAAACCACUGAGAGUAAAGAGGAUACUCCCACCGAAGAGCAGACAAAUCUUGCCCCCGUGCCAAUGUCACAGCAAGACCUUAUCACCAUGGCAACACAAAGACAAGCCAAAAUCCAGAGGUUUAACCAGCGUAAAGAGACCGAAGCCAAACUGGGUGAGAUAAAAGGGCUGGUUGAAUCAGGGUCAGCCGAUGAAGAGGUAGUGAGAGAUUUUUACCUUCUGCAUGUGCGCAAAUGGGUUACGCUAGCCCUUGAGGAGAUCGACUCCAUUGACCAGGAAAUAGAGAUACUGAAACGUAUGGAGCUCUUUAAGCAGAGCGCACCACAGCCAUCCCCACCUAGAAGACCACCCAUGAAGCCUUUUAUCCUGACUAAGGAUGCUGUGCAGGCAAAAGUGUUUGGUGCUGGGUAUCCCAGUCUUGCUACUAUGACAGUGGAUGAUUGGUAUGAACAGCAUAAACGGAAGGGAUGCUUACCUGAUCAGGGCAUACCUCGCAGAGCAGUGGAUGGUGAUCCCGAAGAGGACGAGAGAGCGGAGAGAGAAAGAAAGGAGGAGAAUGAUGAUGAGGAAGCACUGCAGAAGGCACGCGACUGGGAUGACUGGAAGGACACACACAGAAGAGGAUAUGGCAACCGCAAGAACAUGGGCUGAUCUGAAAGAGUCACGCCUCCCGUCAGUUCCUCGAAAUAAACCUCUCCCAAUGCACUCAAUAUGUGACACAUCAGGGAGUGGUGCUGUUGUGUCAAGGUUUUUCCUAAACCGAGAUUAUUUGAUGUUCUUUUUAUCUGUAUCAUUCUUAAAACAUGGUGAGCUGUAAUGAGACCAAGAAAGGUUUCUUUGCAUCUCUUUAAGCGUUUGCCUUCACAACACUUCUGCUGUAAAUAUAUCCCAGUACUUUUGGAUUUAUACCGUCCAGUACUGCUAUUUGUUAGUGUCAAAUUCAGCUGAACUUUAUGCAGUUUGAGUUGGAGUCACGUUAUCAUUUAACUAUUAGCAGAUACUGUUAAGUCUCAGCUGAACCUCUUCCAGGAAAAAUGAGAUCGGUAUAAAGAACAACUAGAAGCAUAAUGAGCACCGGAUCCUGAAACUGCUUAACAGAGAUUAGAAUGGCUGAAGAAACUGCGUGGAAACAAAUAUUGUAGACUGCCUUUUUAUUCUUAAAGUUAUUUAUUACACUAUCUUUGGAAAAGCUUUGUAUAAAGAUCCUUAAGUAAAUGUAUCUGUCUCUGUUACAUAAAAGAAUCACAAAAGUC